GGGGUGGGUGGGAAGCUUUUAAAUUAAAAAAAAAAAAAAUUUAAAAGCCACCCGAACAGUGCUGCAAAUCAGUUGAGGAAAGAGGAUUUUGCCUGCCUUCUUCCUUAUUAUUUUCCCUGCUGCAAGCCUGCUUUGCAAUCUGUAGUUCUGUACCUUUUUAGAACCUGAAAUCCAUGCAAGUGAAGCCCACAGUGGUACAGACUUCUGGUGAUUGUCAAACCAGUUGUUCAAUGGAGGAAAUACUGUGCCUUAUGGACACAGACAUCAGUCCCUGCUCUUUUUUCCUCAUCUGAAUUAGAAGCUCCAGGAAUGUGCUAAUUGGCGGCGGCCUCGUUAGAGGGGCAAAAGAGAGACCACAAACAAUUUGCAGUACAAGAUCCAUUUGUCAUCAAGUUACGUGUCUUGCCAACAGCAUCCAGCAAGUGACUCAAAGCAGACAAAUAUUUUAUUUCUAUAUACUGAGCUGCCCAAAGGUAAAUGAAUCUUGUUAUGUGAGGACACUGAAGAAGUCAGCAGCUACUAAGGGGAGGAAGCCACUUGUGUAACACUCAGAUUGAGGGAUUUUAAUGGCUUUCAGGUAGAAGCCAAGUGGAGACAAUCAAAAUGAAUUCUAUGGACAGGCACAUACAGCAGACCAAUGACCGGCUGCAGUGUAUAAAACAGCACUUACAGAAUCCUGCCAACUUCCAUAAUGCAGCUACAGAGCUCCUGGACUGGUGUGGAGAUCCCAGAGCUUUCCAGAGACCUUUUGAGCAGAGCCUGAUGGGCUGUUUGACGGUUGUUAGUCGAGUGGCAGCACAGCAAGGAUUUGACUUGGAUCUUGGCUACAGGCUACUGGCAGUGUGUGCAGCCAACAGGGAUAAAUUCACUCCCAAAUCAGCUGCCCUGCUUUCGUCGUGGUGUGAGGAGUUGGGACGGCUCUUGCUGCUUCGUCACCAGAAAAGUCGGCAAAACGAUCCCCCUGGGAAGCUACCCAUGCAACCCCCCAUGAACUCUAUGAGCUCCAUGAAACCCACGCUUUCUCAUAGUGAUGGGUCUUUCCCUUAUGACUCUGUUCCCUGGCAGCAAAACACCAAUCAGCCACCAGGUUCUUUAUCAGUGGUCACUACAGUAUGGGGUGUGACUAAUACCUCCCAAAGCCAGGUGCUGGGAAACCCAAUGGCAAAUGCUAACAAUCCUAUGAACCCAGCAGGAAACCCCAUGGCUUCUGGGAUGACUACCAGCAACCCUGGCAUUAAUUCCCCUCAGUUUGCUGGGCAGCAACAGCAGUUUUCAGCCAAGGCAGGCUCCACUCAGCCUUAUAUACAGCAGGGCAUGUAUGGGCGACCCAAUUAUCCUGGAAGUGGAGGCUUUGGUGGGAGUUACCCCGGUGGCCCAAAUACCCCUGCAGGAAUGGGAAUCCCUCCACACACGAGGCCGCCAGCAGAUUUCACUCAGCCAGCUGCAGCUGCUGCUGCUGCAGCAGUUGCAGCUGCUGCUGCUACAGCAACAGCUACAGCUACAGCCACUGUAGCAGCCCUUCAAGAAACCCAGAACAAGGACAUGAACCAGUAUGGACCGGUUUGUUCCUCUUUCCAGAUGGGUCCCACUCAGGCUUACAACAACCAGUUUAUGAACCAACCUGGCCCUCGGGGCCCUGCUUCUAUGCCAGGCAACAUGAAUCCAGCAAGCAUGGGAGCAGGAAUGACACCUUCCAGUAUGAGCGGGCCUCCGAUGGGUAUGAACCAGCCCAGGCCUCCUGGGAUGAGUCCCUUUAGUACCCAUGGGCAGAGAAUGCCACAGCAAGCUUACCCAGGGCCACGACCCCAGUCUCUGCCUAUACAGGGCAUGAAGAGACCAUACCCAGGAGAGCCAAAUUAUGGAAACCAGCAGUAUGGACCAAAUAGCCAGUUUCCUAACCAGCCUGGUCAGUAUCCAACUCCCAACCCUCCAAGGCCCCUUACAUCUCCCAACUACCCUGGACAGAGAAUGCCAAGCCAGCAAAGCACGGGGCAGUACCCUCCUCCAACAGUCAACAUGGGACAGUAUUAUAAGCCAUCAAGGCCUGUACCUGUGGCAAAUUACCCUCAUUCACCUGUUCCAGGAAACCCCACACCACCUAUGACUCCAGGGAGCAAUAUUCCUCCAUACCUGUCGCCUAAUCAGGAUGUCAAACCGCCAUUCCCACCUGACAUUAAGCCAAAUAUCAAUGCUUUACCACCACCUCCAAAUGCUAAAGGGAAAGUUCACACUUUCUCUCCCUCUUCGAUCCCAGCCAACCACAAUGAUGAACUGCGUCUGACGUUCCCUGUGAGAGAUGGAGUGGUAUUAGAACCCUUCCGGCUGGAACACAACCUGGCAGUCAGUAACCAUGUCUUUCACCUACGGCCAACUGUUCAUCAGACAUUGAUGUGGAGGUCUGACUUGGAGCUACAGUUCAAGUGCUACCACCAUGAAGACAGACAAAUGAACACAAACUGGCCAGCUUCAGUCCAGGUCAGCGUUAAUGCAACCCCACUUACCAUUGAACGUGGAGACAACAAGACAUCUCAUAAACCUCUGCACCUAAAGCACGUCUGUCAACCAGGAAGAAACACAAUUCAAAUUACAGUCACAGCAUGUUGUUGUUCACACUUGUUCGUGUUGCAGUUAGUACACCGGCCAUCAGUGCGUUCUGUACUUCAAGGCCUGCUAAAGAAACGUCUUCUCCCAGCAGAACAUUGUAUCACAAAGAUAAAGAGGAACUUCAGCAGUGUGGCAGCCUCUUCUGGGAAUGCAACACUAAAUGGUGAGGAUGGAGUGGAGCAGACUGCUAUUAAAGUGUCUCUGAAGUGUCCAAUCACAUUCCGGCGGAUUCAGCUCCCAGCAAGAGGCCAUGAUUGCAAGCAUGUACAAUGCUUUGAUCUGGAAUCUUACUUGCAACUGAACUGUGAACGAGGAACUUGGAGGUGUCCUGUAUGCAAUAAAACUGCUCUGCUUGAGGGCUUGGAGGUCGACCAGUAUAUGUGGGGGAUUCUGAAUGCUAUACAAAACUCUGAGUUUGAGGAGGUUACCAUCGAUCCAACAUGCAGUUGGAGGCCGGUCCCUAUAAAGUCAGACAUUCACAUCAAAGAUGAUCCAGAUGGCAUUCCUUCCAAGAGAUUUAAAACCAUGAGUCCCAGCCAGAUGAUCAUGCCAAAUGUGAUGGAGAUGAUUGCAGCUUUGGGUCCUGGUCCUUCUCCUUACCCAUCCCUCCCACCACCUCCAGGGGGCAACAGCUCCACUGAGUAUGGUAACCAAGGUAACAGUUACCAAGGUCAUGGCAAUUUUGAUUUCCCUCAUGGGAAUCCUGGUGGAACUUCCAUGAAUGACUUCAUGCACGGGCCACAGCUGUCCCACCCUCCAGACAUGCCAAGCAGCAUGGCAGCUCUUGACAAGCCUCUCAGCCACCCCAUGCAGGAAUCUAUCCCUCAUCCUGGCAGCACUGAUCAAUCCCAUAGUUCCAUGCAGCAAGGUUUGCACGUACCUCACCCCAGCAGCCAGUCAGGGCAGCCAUUACAUCACAGUGGUCCUCCUACCCAGCAGUCCCGGCAGCCACCACAGGCCGCUUCUAGCAACCAUCCACACAGUGACCUGACCUUUAACCCCUCCUCAGCCUUAGAAGGUCAGGCUGGUGGACAGGGAGCAUCUGACAUGCCGGAGCCCUCACUGGAUCUGCUUCCAGAACUCACAAAUCCAGAUGAGCUGCUUUCGUACCUGGAUCCUCCUGACUUGCCAAGCAAUAGCAAUGACGACCUUCUUUCUCUCUUUGAGAAUAACUGAAAUCAUGUGUAUUUCCCCCAUCCCUCUCACUUAUUCACACAUGUGUGGCUGCACAGCAAGGAUCUUAACACUCCCUUUCCACAGAAGAUAAAACAAACUCACGACUGUGAUCAAUGGUGCACUCCCUGCUUUCUUCAUCUCCAAACUGUUUUUGUCAGCGUCACGGACUGUGAAAGCAACGGGAGGAAAAAAUAAACAAAUGUGGUGAUCUCAGACUUCUGCUAAGCAUCACAACAAAGCAUAGACAAUUGUGCAGCUAUUGGAAACCCCAUUCUUUGUUAAUCCCAUAGAGAGAGAGUUCUGUGAUACACAUAGUGUGAAGUAUCCUGGCAAAAACCAAUCUUGGCAAGGGAGGAAAAGGCAACAAAAUGGAACUGUCUUAAUUGACCAGUCUCAGAAUGUCCUUCCAACGACUGUUCUUCCAUUUUUUUUAAAACUGUAUCUCCCUUCUACCCACUUACCUUUCUCCACUUUCCCCAAUUGCAGAUUUGUGUUGGACAAAUUGUAUUGGCCACACACACAAAGGAAAACAAAACAAUACAAACAAAACCACAUAAAACACCAAAAAGCACAAAUUGUACAAUAAAAUGUCAAGGGUAGGGAAGAAACACCUACCGCAUCAAAGGGAGACUUCUGGUUAGCUAAUGUUUUGUCUUCAGUAGAGGAGUCCUGUGAAUCUCCAGGCUGCAGCCAGUGUGUGUUUGGGUUUAUGAAAUGCAGGAAUCUUCCAUGCUCAUUUGCAAAAGAUUCCUCUGCUCAAACACACAGACUUAAUGGGGGGGAGGAGGAAGCAACUUUUCUCUGUUUUUUUUUUUGUUUCUUUUUGCUGGUUUUGGUUUCAAAUCACUGCCAUUUGUGGCUGCAUUAAUAUCCAACUGUUGAGAUUAUUUUAUAUAUAUAUACAUAUAUAUAUAUAUUUGCCAUAUAUCCAUAUAAGGCUAUAUCCAUACAAGGGGCCAGGGGUAGUGCAAACCAAAAUGUUCUUGAUUAUCACCCAGAGCCUUCAGAUUCCUCAGCCUCUGUGUCAUUUGGUUUUCUGUACUGCACAAUGCGUAGUGAGAUGAGCUGGGUGAAGGAAGGUCAAAAAGCACUGUAACAUCACUAACAGCAUAUUCUUAUUAAUAAUCAACUUGAAAGGGGCACUGAAAUUGGACAGACACCUUAGAGCUUCUCUUGUUUUGCUUUAUGUUUUAUUUUCAAGACUGUUACAUAUAGUUUUGCCUUUUACUUUUCUUCUUCCUUUAUUUUAACUCUUGAGCUGCCAGGAUGUUUGUUCACCAAGGAUGGGCAUGGGGAAAAUAAGUAAUUGUUGGUAUGUUACUACUGCCCUCGGCAGACCCAGUGCCACAAUCACCGUCUUGCCCCUGUGAUCUGUGCUUCUCGUGUGGUUGCUUCUCCUGCAUGAGCUUCCUAUUGCUUCUGUGCCCAUUUUUGUGUGCGAUCUCUCUCUCGUCUCUUUCUCUCUCUUAUAAAUUAUGUACAGUAGCUGUGUAAGAAGUGCAUGUGUGCCAACUUUGCCCUUGUGGUGCGACAUUUCAGCUUUUGCCCGCUGUACAGUUCUUGUUUUCUUUGUUACUAAGACAAAUUUGUCCAACCCAUUUCCUCAUCCCAACUCCAAUCCAGUAUGUCCUUAUUCGUGCUCAACUAUAAGUUUUCAACUUAAGUGCCAGACGGAAUUAUGUUGGGUUUUUUGUCGUUACUGUUGUUCUUGUCUCUUUGAAUAGGUAAUUCUCCCCCUCCUUUAGUUUGCGAUGUAAAUGGCAUGCCAUGUGCUUACAGUUCUGGAUUUGCUUUCCUCACCAAAGUCAUUUUUGUAAAUUCUUUUUGUUAAUGUUUCCCACUACUGCUGUACAUGCGUCGUGAUAUAUAUAUGCUAGUCAGCAGCACCUUGCUGUAGAUAUUAAAGGAAAUGGCAGUUUAGUUCUUUUAUUUUCCAGUAGGAGUAUUGAAUCUGUCAAACAUUUUAUGUAGAGAUGUUCCCACACUUAUAUUUUUCCUGUUUCGAGUUUUUUUAAAAAAGGCGCUGUUCAUUAUGCAAAAUCAAUUAUUUUAAGAAUUGCUAUUGUAAAUAUCUUUGUGAAUAUUUUAGUAUUGUCUUUGAUAAUAUUCAACAUUUUCAUGAUCUGGUUAUACUUUUGCUGGUGUUUUUAAAUACCUUGUCUGAAGAAAAAUAUGGGUCCUUUUUUUAAAAAAAAAUAACGAGGGUUCUUUAACAGAAUAAGGGAGCAUUUUUUUUCCUUUGAUAAAUUAGCCCAACCUUCUUAUCCAUUUCUCAAAUGAAUUGAUACAUCGUGCAGUACCUGGAUGAUCAGGGUCCAGCUCUGUCAUGCAACCAGGAUACUAGGUGAUUGCUUGGGGCAAAAGUAAAAUGUUCAUUGACUGCGUGUGGCUGAUUGUGGGCUGGCAAUGGCAGGUAUUGGGCCAGUUUACCUCAGUCAACAGAACAGCUAGCACCAGCUGUUUGAACAAGUAAAUGUGCACUAUGGCAAGCAGCAAGUCUAUAAGGUACAAUAUUUAUAUCACUCUAUUGGCAUUCUGGUCUUUGAAACUGGAGCUCUCUAACACUUGGGGCUGUUGGUGGGGGGGAGGGGGUGGGAAACAAUACUUUAUGUUUGUUCUGCUUAGAAUUGUCUUUUUUCUUAUGUAGACUUGACAGCCAGUAGAGAAUCUCUACACAAUAUUAAUGAUACCUUUAUAAUACAUAGUGACAUGGUUGUGGUGUGGUGCUAUGAUCACACAACUGGUAGGAAAGACCAUUCUUCAGUUACAAAUGUGUUUUGUAGCCAUUUUACUGUAGUAGUUUUCCCCUGUAUUUUGCUGCAUCAUUUAUAUAGGUGUUUAAGUCAUUUGCAUGGGCAGAUAAUGAUAAACUGACAAUGUAUUGCCCUUAGGGAUUUUUUUUUUAGCCAUAGAUCUUGGAAUAAAGAAUGCUUCUUGCUAUGAGCUGGAACUGGUUGCUCGGAUUCUAGUCUGGUUCUAUUAAAUUGCUUCACCCCAUUGUUGUUCGAGCAGCUGACUAAAUUUGCUACCUGAAAAGAUUCUUCUAUUUAAGAAAAAAUAUUCAUUUCAGAUCAGAUGUAUUAAGGAUUGAUCUUUUGCUAUAGUAUUCUAACUGUAUCAUUUACAGGGGUACCUGUUGGAAAGCAUAAAGGGAAAAACCCCACAAAGAAUAGCAACAUGUUAUGGGUGUUUUUUGCAUUUACUUCGAACAGUAAUGGUGGAGAAUUAAAACAGACCUUUUUGCAGUUGAUGUUUUAAGUCUAUGGGAAUAUUUGCUUUCUAAGACAGUAAUACAAUAUGGUUCUUAGCCAUCACCCAACUGUCGAACAUUUGAGACAGUUUCAAGACUCUCUGUCAGUUAAAAUCAGGUACUGUACAGGGGAUUCAGCAUGGAAAAGCUUUUAAAAAUGAAAGUGUAAUUAACUUUUAAUCUUUUCACUGCCAUAAUGUUAAAAUGUAGAGAAAAACCUACCAAAUAGGAUAAUCACACUCAUUUUCCUUUAAAGCUCAAUUAUGAUAUGAAAUUCCCAGUAGUGUUUUUAUUAUAUUUUUGUUUAUUUUUUUUUAAAUUGUUCCCCUUUGGAAGCUCAUCUGGGAAAGAACCCACAGAGAUCUACAGUUCUGCUGCCAAGACAUUAUUAUAGGACUGACAGAUACACACCAAUGUCUGCAGUGGAGACUCAAGGGACAGCUGUACAUAUGUAAAUGACAAAUAGAGACAUGUUAACAGAAAUGCAUUCAUUUUCCUUGGAAUGUGCAUUGUUUUUAUUUCACAGGAAAAAAAAAGCUUGAAGCUCCAUCUUAUGUGGAAAAUGAAUCCUGUUUGUUAGCGUUUGUGAAGUCUCAGCAUUUGUUUCACUUUCACUUCUGUAAUAUACUCUGACUCCUUGUUUUGUUUUGUUUUACCUACAUGUAAUAUCUAGCUUAUGUGUACUAGUCUAUCACCUGUGUAUUUUUAGGGUGCUACAGAAGUAAUGAAGAAAAUAAGGGGAUUAAAAAAAUUGUAACCAAAUUCAUACUUUGUACAAUUUUUGAUAUCACGAUCAGAAGAGAAUUAAAAAAAAAAGUACAAUCUGAAGUAACAUGCAAAAAUGGCCAUUGUCCUUGUUUGUACAUUGUAUGUACAGUACAAUGCAAUCAUUUCAUACUUUAAACUGGUCAGAAAAAAUAAUUGUGAUUUUUAGUCUUGCAAAACUGUAUGUAGUUAGAUGAUGUGACAACCUAAUAUUUAUCUAAUAAAUAUGUAUUCAGAUGAAACCUGUA